CGCGGGGAUGCCCGCGCCCGCCGCCGCGCCCUGAGCGCCUUUGUCUACCUUCCGCGCCUCUCGUAUCAUCCCUAGUUUAGCCGGCGCCGGAUCAUGGAGCUGAGCCAGCCGACCUCCCUGUCGGAGCACGACGAGCCGGCGUCUGGGCCCCAGCGCGGGGUCAAGGGGCCGGUGGGGCCCGACGCUCCUCGCGGCUGGUCAGAUGAGCCCGAGGAACACGCCCAGCUUCAACGGUGGCCAGAGGGACCCAACGCGCCAGUCUGCUGGCUCGAAAAGGUAGAGGAUCCUGACGCUCCUAGUCGCUGGGCCAAAGAGCCCAACGCUCCUCGCUGCUGGUCCCAGGAGCCCGAUGUAUCCUGUCAUUUGGCUAAGGAGUUGGAGGAACCCGAAUCCCCUCUCUGCUGGUCCCAGGAGCCGGACGCAACCUGCCUCUUGACCAGGGGGCUGGAGGAACCCAACGCCCCUCGCUGCUGGCCUCAGGAGCCAGUCGCACCGCGCCACUUGGCCAAGGAGCUAGAGAAACCCGACCCCGCUCAGUGCUGGUCCCAGGAGCCCGACGCAUCCUGUGUCUUGGCUACGGAGCUGGAGGAACCCGACACCCCUCGCUGCUGGUCCCAGCAGUCGGAUGCAACCUGCCUCUUAACCAAGGAGUUGGAGGAACCCGACGCCCCUCGCUGCUGGUCCCAGGAGUCGGAUGCAACCUGCCUCUUAACCAAGGAGUUGGAGGAACCCGACACCCCUCACUGCUGGUCCCAGGAACCGGACGCUCUUCGCUGCUGGUCCCAGGAGUCGGAUGCAACCUGCCUCUUAACCAAGGAGUUGGAGGAACCCGACGCCCCUCACUGCUGGUCCCAGGAGCCAGACGCACCGUGCCACUUGGCUACGGAGCUGGAGGAACCCGACGCCCCUCGCUGUUGGUCCCAGGAGCCAGACGCACCGUGCCACUUGGCUACGGAGCUGGAGGAACCCGACGCCCCUCGCUGCUGGCCCCAGGAGCCCGACGCAUCCUGUGACUUGGUUAAGGAGCUGGAGGAACCCGACGCCCCUCGCUGCUGGUCCCAGGAACCAGACGCACCGUGCCACUUGACCAAGGAGUGGAAGGAAUCCGACGCACCGUGCUUCUUGGGCAAGGAUCUGGAAGAACCCGACGCCCCUCGCUGCAGUGCCCAGGAGGCGGACACAAGGUGCCUCUUGGCCAAGGAGCCAGAGAUGCCAGAGGAGCCUGAUGCCCCUCACCUGUGGUUGGGGCAACCCGAUGGACUGUGUCUCUUGGUCAAGGAACCAGAGGAGCCCACUGCAUCUCGCUGCUGGUUGGAGGAGCCGGAGGAGCCUGACGCACCCAACGGACCAUGUUUCUGGUCCAACGAACCAGAGGGGUCAGACGCAUCUCACUGUUGGUCCGAGGAGCCCCAGGUGCUGUGCCUCUGGCCGGAGGAGCAGAACACUAUGCGGUGCUGGCAGGACGAGCCCGACGCACCCUGCUUCUGGCCGGAGAAUAGAGAGGAACCCAAAGUUUCGUGUCUACAGUUCAAAGAGUCGGAGAAGCCCAAAGCCCCGUGCAGCUGGCCAGAGGAGCUGGAAGACUGCUGCCCUACGCGGGGCCUACCCCUAGAGCACUUACCAACCGAGGGCGAGCUGCUCCAGGCAUGUCCUGGGCCACCCUCGGACCCAGGCUCGGCGUUGUCGCUGCCCAGCGAGCCCGGGACAGCCCAGGAAGAGGGUGCGCGCCUCAGGACUGUGUUCGAUGCCCUGGACAGGGAUGGGGAUGGCUUUGUCCGCAUCGAGGAUUUCAUUCAGUUCGCCACGGUCUAUGGGGCAGAACAGGUGAAGGACUUAACCCAAUACCUGGACCCGAGUGGGCUUGGUGUCAUCAGUUUUGAAGACUUCCACCAAGGGAUUGUGGCCAUCAGAAAUGGAGAUCCUGAUGGCCAGCUGUACAGUGUGGAGCCUGUCCAAGAUGAAGAGCCCCCUGCCUGUGCUGAUGAGUUUGACGACUUUGUCACCUAUGAGGCCAACGAGGUGACAGACAGUGCAUAUAUGGGGUCUGAGAGUACCUACAGUGAGUGUGAGACCUUCACAGAUGAGGACACCAGCACCCUGGUGCACCCUGAGCUACAACCUGAAGGGGAUGCUGACAGUGCUGGUGGCUCAGCUGUACCCUCAGAGUGCCUGGACACCAUGGAAGACCCUGACCAUGGUGCAUUGCUGCUCCUCCCAGGCAGAUCUCACCCCCACAGCCAGGCUGUUGUCAUGGUGAUUGGCAGUGAGGAACACUUUGAAGAUUAUGGUGAGGGCAGUGAAGCAGAGCUGUCCCCGGAGACCCUCUGUAAUGGGGAGCUGGACUGUGAAGACCCGGCUUUUCUCACCCCCAGCUCCAACCCUCUUGCCUCAAAGCUGUGCAACGUCCUCACUGAUGAGGCCUUUGAGUUUUACUGUAGCCAGUGCCACAAACAGAUCAACCGCCUUGAAGACCUUUCUGCUCGCCUGACUGACCUUGAGAGGAAUAGCCCAGCCAAGCGGCUCUCCAGCAGGAAGGUGGCAAGGUAUCUGCACCAGUCAGGGACUCUGACCAUGGAGGCCCUAGAGGAGCCUCCCCCAGAGCCUGUGGAGUGCCCAGAAGAGGACAUUGCUGACAAGGUCAUCUUCCUGGAGAGACGGGUGUCGGAGCUAGAAAAGGACAGUGCGGCUGCUGGGGAGCAGCACGGCAGACUGCGGCAAGAGAACCUCCAGCUGGUGCACAGAGCCAACGCCCUGGAAGAACAACUUAAGGAGCAGGAGCUCAGAGCGCAGGAGAGGGUCCUGGAGGAAACCAGGAAGCAGAAGGAGCUCCUGUGCAAGAUGGAGCGUGAGAAGAGCAUUGAGAUCGAGAACCUGCAGGCCAGGUUGCAGCAGCUGGAUGAGGAGAACAGCGAGCUGCGGUCCUGCACGCCUUGUCUCAAGGCCAACAUUGAGCGCCUGGAGGAGGAAAAGCAGAAGAUGCUGAGUGAGAUCGAAGAGCUGACACACCGGCUCAGUGAAGAGCAGGAGAAUAAGAGGAAGAUGGGGGACAAGCUGAGCCAUGAGCGGCACCAAUUCCAGAGAGACAAGGAAGCAACUCAGGAGCUGAUCGAGGACCUCCGCACGCAGCUGGAACACCUACAGCUCCUCAGACUGGAAGUGGAGCAGCGCCGGGGCCGCAGCAGCAGCCUGGGCCUGCAGGAGUACAACAGCCGCGCCCGGGAGAGUGAACUUGAGCAGGAGGUCCGCAGGCUCAAGCAGGACAACCGCAACCUGAAGGAGCAAAAUGACGAGCUGAAUGGGCAGAUCAUCACCCUCAGCAUCCAGGGUGCCAAGAGCCUCUUCUCCACCUCCUUCUCAGAAUCACUGGCUGCCGAGAUCAGCUCUGUCUCCCGAGAUGAGCUCAUGGAAGCAAUCCAGAAGCAGGAGGAGAUCAAUUUCCGCCUGCAGGACUACAUUGACAGGAUUAUUGUGGCCAUCCUGGAAACCAACCCAUCCAUCCUAGAGGUCAAGUAGGACAUCUUAGCCCAGUUUGGGCUGAUUAUAGACUCCACAGCACCCCAGAGUGGCCCUGUCUUGCCACAAAGAGCCAAGACCAGCAGGUCCUGCUGCUUACCAAGCGUAGGGUGUGCAGGCCUCAUGCAGCUGGACCGGGAUCACAAAGAAGGGCUGCAGAGGGCACUAAGAAGGACGAGAGCGAAGUCCACAGCAGACGAGGAGUGCAGAGGCUGGGUUCCCUGAACACCAGGAUGCCAGGGCCUCCCACCAAAAGCCCGCCUAGCCAACCACACCCACGUCUGCUCAGCAGCAUGCAGAUAUGUGGGCUUAGUCUCUCAGGCUGGGGUGGGUCCCUGGCGACUCUCUGGUCCACCCUUCUUCUUGCUAUGCAGCCUUUAGGAAGAGAGGGAGAAAAAGGAAUCCUCACCUCAGUUGCUGCCUCUCACUCGUGUUGACAUGGUGCCACCCAAGCUUGGCCAUUCCCACAUGGUAUGCAAGCUGAGGACCCAAAGUUGGACAUAAACAUGGUAGUGCUGGACAGACAGACAGACAGGCAGGCAGAGAUGGCACGUGUGGGGUCUGGUCUGGAGCCACAGGCCACCCAUUCUCCUUGCGCUGCUCAGGCCACCUCCCAGCAGACGGGCUUCCAUUCACCUUUGGACCCAGGGCCUCUAAGCCACACAGCCAUUCUCUGGCCAGACCCUCAAUAUAGUAACUCGUCCUCUCUGGCCCUCUUGUGGGGGACUAGGGCUGCUAGCUGAUGCUGACUAUGGAACUCACUUCCUGGACUGGUGAACACUGUUGGCCUCUCUGACCCCAGGUGCAGGUGCUGCUUCUCCUCAGGUGUGGCCUAACCUGGCUCCUGGGCCCACACCUUCCUCAGGCUGACUUUACUGCCUUGGGAAAAGUCUACACUCCCCAGACAAUAGUCAAGGCCUCUGGAACAAAGUUUCCUUCUCUGCUUUUGACUUUAAAUCACUGGGUGUCCCCUAGGAGUCAUUUUUGCUGGUGAGUGCGUGGAGGAGGCGCUGACAGACCCAGAGGCAGAAGAAGGCUUGCUGCCUGCCCCUGCACUACCAUAGAGCUGCAGCACCCAUAG